AUGCCCGAGGUUGGUAGCCAGUUGCAUGGGCACGUCUUCCGGGUUCUCUCCAGAAAGAGCCCUUUUGCGGAUCCGGACGCCUUCGAGCCCGGGGCGGAGACCAUCAGCUACCUCAGAGAGAGCUGCAAAGUCCUAGUUAUUGGAGCCGGCGGGCUUGGAUGCGAAAUCCUCAAGGACCUGGCCCUGUCAGGUUUCCCUGACAUCCAUGUCAUAGAUAUGGACACGAUUGAUGUGACCAAUCUGAACAGACAGUUUCUUUUUCGUCAGGCGGAUGUGGGCAAGCCGAAAGCUGAAGUCGCAGCAGCCUUCAUCAACCGACGACUGGGGCACAUCGGGACGAAGGUCACACCGCACGUCGGGAAAAUCCAGGAUUUUGACGAGACCUUCUACAGGAAGUUUAACCUGCUCAUCGCCGGGCUGGAUAACAUCGCGGCUAGACGGUGGAUGAAUGCGACUCUGCAUGACAUGAUCGACCGCACCUCCGGCGAGCCAGACCCCAGCACCAUCAUUCCUCUUAUUGAUGGUGGCACAGAGGGCUUCAAGGGUCAGGCUCGAGUCAUCAUUCCCUCGAUGACGUCCUGCUUCGACUGCUCUCUGGAUGCAUUUCCUCCACAGGUGAACUACCCGCUCUGCACCAUCGCCGAGACGCCUCGACUGCCGGAGCAUUGCAUCGAGUAUGCGCUGGUGGUCAUGUGGGAGCAGCGCUUCCCGGGGCAGAAGAUGAACGCGGACUCUGUUGCUGACAUGCAAUGGAUCUACGAGACAGCCAAGGAUCGAGCUGAAACGUUCGGCAUUCAGGGAGUCACCUACCAACUGACGAUGGGUGUGGUGAAGCGAAUCAUUCCGGCAAUUGCGUCAACCAACGCACUCAUCUCUGCGGCUCUUGUUGCGGAGGCAUUGAAGGUGUCAACCUAUUGCGGCCCUGUCCUGAACAACUACAUGAUGUAUAUGGGGCAGACGGGCGUGUACACUCAUACCUUUCCAUACGAGAAGAAGGACGAUUGCAUGGUUUGCGGAGGUGGGACACUCACCUUGACGAGGCCUCGAACCUCGACACUGCAGGAGUUGCUGGACCACCUCGGGGCGAGUCCAAGCUACCAGCUGUCCAGGCCGUCGGUGUCGAGCACUAGUGGCAUCGUCUUCAUGCAGAACCCUAAGCCCAUUCGCCAGCAGCAUGAGUACAAGCUCAAGAUGACGCUGGAAGAACUGACAAAGGCAGAUCCGCCAGUGUUCGCACAAGGCGAAGACCUCACCGUCACUGAUCCAAUGUUGCCUACGAAGCUAACUCUGCGAGUGUUCCUUUCUGGCGACUGA